CCAUACUGCACUACUUCCUUUCCUUGGUGUACCUUCCCUUCCCUUGAACACCCACACAACAUUCAACAUUCCCCUUCCCCAUACAACUUUACCAUUUUUUACCCUCCUCUCUAGUCAGAACCAUAAAUUCUGUCGAGUUACGUGGAGUUACUUGAGAAAUAUUCGAUCAAUUGGUUUUUAUAGAUUAUUUCUUCUCGACUCUUUUCAUCUCCAUCUCCAAUUUGUCACUUCAUUCACUCCCUCUCUUGAUCAAUUCAAUUCAAUUCAAUUCAAUUCAAUUCAAUUCAUUACCUACUAUUAGAUUCACCCAAUCACCCACCCCGCCCAUUCUAAUUCUAUCUAGAUUUCUUGGAAACAGAAUUGCCUGCUUCGCCCUUCCUUUUUACCCUUUUCCCGAGGUUGAACUUGCGAAUCAAUUCCAAUCAAUCAAUCAAUCAAAUCAGCACCUGGGCCCUUAGGUAAACUGUUGGAGUACUUGAUUAAGCAACAGUGGGGAUCAAGGGGAAGUACUUCAUAGCUUCAUUGUCCACCGUAGUCCAAAGGGUCUGAUCUACAAAUCUUCCCAUCUAGCAUCAACCUUGGUUCUUCACAACAUAUACCUCUCCGAUAGGCCACCAAAUUUCCAAAAAAGACCCUCGCUGUUCAUUACUUUGUUGGAAAAAGCGUAGAAACUUUCGCCAGGUGGUUGAGAUUACGAGGAACUUCUCUCACUUUAUCCACGAAAUAUUUGAUCAUCCCUCCCUCGCUCCACAUCUAAUCACUUUCUCCUGAAGUUCGCGGUAAUAGCGUCCACCACUCUUCAAUGUCAUACUGAAAGGGCUUUCAGUAACCUACCACUGGCAACUCUGCCAAUACAACCUUCAACUCUAUCGAAUCCUACACAUUCACCUCGAACAAAUUCCCUUUCGCCAUGGAGAACGAUUCUACUUCGGCUCCUCUCGCGGAUUACUUCUGGAUCGCGGGGAUUGAUUCUUUACAGUAUGGACCCGAAGUUUUCCCCUCAAACACAAGGGAUAGAUCAAACAACAGCAUACAAACGCCCCCCUCCCCUCAAGUCGGUGCCACGAUAGAAGAAAGUCCCGAAGGUGAAAAUUCACCUCCUCCAAAUACCAACCGAGCUUCAGCACGCCAUUCCCGCAAUAACUCAUGGAAUCGUCUCAGCAAACAAACUUCGCACGAUUCGCGAAGCUCAAUAUCCACUCUUGAUGAGCUUGAAGGCAUGACUGCGAGCAAUCGAAGUAGCAUGACAAUAAAGGCCGGUGAAAUCGGUCAUAUUUAUGGUAACGGUAACGGUAACGGUAAUGGUAACGGAAACGGAAAUGGACAUGGGAAUGGUAGUGGGAAUGGAAUUGGAAUUGGAAAUGGCGCGAAAGCCGAAGGAGGAAUAUUUGCAAAUUUCGACUUCGAUAAAGCUCUAUUGAAGUUUGCGAACGAGCGGGAGAAUUUCCUGGAUGAUCUGAGUUUUAGUGCCGGAGCUCCAACGCAGGCUGCACCUCCUAUGACAAAUCCGAGGACUUCGAGAUUAAGAGUAGAAGAUGCAGAUAACAUACACAGGAGAAGUCCGACAUUAAGGAGUGUUGGUGGAAGUAUCAGGAGAAGGAUUAGCUUCAGAGAUCUGAACAGUGUAAAGAGGCAACCUUCCAUGGCAGGUAGAAGUAGUAAGUCUUACACUUCGCGUUCCGACACGGCACAUAUAUUACAUGCAUUGCAUAGUUGCAUACUUCCAAGGGAACCUGAGCCGCACCCCUCUCGAAAUUUUCAAUGCGUAUACUGACCAUUUUAAUAGUGUCGGUCCGAACUUCGAGGCGCUUGAGCAAUUACAAUUCCGUCAUUCCUCCUCCGGAGCCCCUGAAUCUGGACCCUGAUAUGCACCCUUUGAAACGACGUUUUGAACCAGUUUUACUCGAUAGAUACCCACCGAAACAUGCGACGGAGGAAUUACCGAGGCGAGGUAGAUUUCCUGAUUACGUCCCCAUGUUUGCAUUCCCAAACGAUAUCAAUAUUGUUUCUUCUGACGAACGACCACGAUCGACCUGGCAUGGAUUUGCCAUGACCUCAGAUGACAAUUCCAAAAUAUAUGGUAUUACGGUGAUUGUUUGGAAGCCACUGGAUCAGGAAGCGGCUUCAAAUGUCGAGAGAAGAUGCGAGGCUUGGAGACAAGACCAUAUGACGAACGAAGAGCGCGAACUUGCAGCUAGUUUAGGAGAACGAUUGGCUGCGGAGCGCGCCCAUCUUUCGCAGUUGCUAGCAGAGCUUCCCACGGUUGUUUCUGGCUCAGCUGCCAGAGAACAAUUGGAAGAGCAGAUCAGUGCGGUGGAGGAGAAAAUUACUUUGAUGACUGAUAUGUUGCGGCCUGUCAGACAUGGCGCAGCAGCCAAAAUUGAGGGAUUAACCGAUGGCGAGACGGGGCUUUGGAUACCUAGAGCGUAUGGAAUCCUUGGCAGAGAUGGAAGUAUGACAAGCUUCUGGAAGGAAUGGCUGAAGGCUGUUGUGGUACCUAUGACAGAUGGUGGAAUCCUCCGAGUUCCUGCAAGCUCGCCAAAGAUCGGUAGAUGGCAACCCCUGGAGAGGUACGUUGUCAACCUGUGUACCGAAGCACUAAGCCCGUUAUCCUCGAAAACCCAAAUUGAAAUUGCCGUGCGAGAAUUACGGCUUUUUGCACGAAAGGAAGCACCCAACGAAUUACCUGAAUCACGAAACACCGAUAUUUAUGCACUAUUUAGAGCUUUGAGUAUACCAAAUAUCGUCGCUCUGGUAGAAUUUAUGUUAUCCGAGUCGAGAAUCAUUUUACUGUCAUCCCAUACAGCCAUGUUACAUCUUGCCAGCAAGGCUUUGGUCAGUCUCUUAUACCCACUAAAAUGGGCAAGCAUUUUUAUUCCAGUUCUACCGGCUAGAUUGAUCUCCGCCCUAGAAGCGCCUUGCCCUUAUAUUGUUGGGAUUGAAAGAAGAUAUGAUAAUAUAGUACUUCCGGAGGAUGAUUACGUUUUCGUGGAUUUGGAUCAAGAUUCGGUCGAGUCCACGGCCCCACCUGUGUCAUUACCACGACAACAACGUCGAAAGCUUGUAUCCCUCCUACAAAUGGCAGCUCCGCAUCACAAUAGAUGUGGCGUAGAGGUAGCACCGCCACCUUAUGCUGUCGAAACUUUCCCCUAUGAUGCAUUCUCAUCGGAGAACGAAUCGAUAUUUACUCAAAAUGCACCUACUGGCACUUUGGGUAAAUACGUUAGUCAGAAUUCGACCACAUUCGGGGAGCCGGAUCUGCAAAAGAGAAAAAGGCCUUUGGUUUUCAAUGCAUUCUUGCAAUCGAAGAAUGACCAUACAAGGGUUGAGCGUCCAUCGACCAGCAGGUCCAGCAAGACCAGUCCACCAACAUCCUUGUCACCUGUCUCUGGUCAUUGCCCACCAAUGCCUACAACUCCCAUCUCUCGAAAUGAUUCCGGCUUUGCUCUCACGGCUACAUUGAGAGAAAAGAGGUCUGGUCAUUUCGAUGCAAACUCGAGACGUAGUUCCUCAUUUGGUUUGGAACGACAGCCAACACUUCGUAGACCAAGUGCACCAUUUGUCAAUGGUCAUUCCGCUAGUCUUUCCACUUCUGCUGUGUCCAUCGGCGAUAGCAAAUCUAUGUAUGGUUAUACACCAUCUGCUUAUGCACCAUCUGCCUAUGCAGCAUCCACUAUUGCUGCAUCAACAAUCAUGCCCAACAUGCUCAUGCAGCCAGUGCGAAACACAGAGACGACAAUAUGGGUAGAAGGACAUUGUUUUGUCUAUAACGCCAAUGACAUGGGAUCUGUUUGUUCAAUCUGUGAUGAAAGGGCCGAAGGUGAUGGCAUGUAUAGCUGUAACGCCUGCAGCACAGUCUGUCAUGGUCGCUGUUUAGGUUGGUGUUCACUUGUGUGUCCAUCCGCCUUUCAUUCAGACCGUGUACGUGCAGCUUUCGUUCGUUGUUUCGCAAAUUUGUUUUACACGUAUAGAAAGCACCUUGGGCGACCAUCAAAAGAGCAAAAGUCAAGAGGACAAUUAUAUGGAUUUGACAUGGCCGCUUUCUUGAAGAGUCUCCCAAGUGACCAACAAGAAUAUGUUACGAUGCUGCAACAGACACAAGGUAAAUCAAUUUCAUGCUAUAUUUUGUGCACAAUACUAACCUUAUCAUAGCUUUCAAUGAAUUUAUUCAUGAAAGGGAAACUAAACAGUCGAACGAUCGAGACAUUCAGUUAUUCGACUCAAUCAUUCAAGCUAAGAAGUCAAGAGGACGUGCGGCAUUCUUUUCUUCGAAAUCAUCACUUCGACCUAGUUUCCUUGAGGAUACAUCAGAUCACUUAUGGCGGUCCGCAUUAGUUCCGGUACCUAGGGAUGCCAAGUUCCCCGGUGAAUAUAGGACAAUCAUCUCCAGAAUUCCAGCACAACUGGAUAUUGGAUUAAUGAAAGAACCACGUAGCGUUGCCGGAGUUCCCCGCAUAGAUACACCAGGAAAACGGGUAGGUCGCAAAGCAGUUCCGAGCAUGCUAGGUGGUAGCGGGAUAAUCUGAGAAUGAAUGGAUGGAAAAGAGUGGUUCGACACGAGAAUGAGAUAAGACGAGAUCGAUGGAUUCGAAAUUACGACAAAGAAACCAGAUAAAUACACGCCCAAAUUUGAUUGGGAGGAAGGGAUACAAAAGCGAGAGAAAGUGAGAAAGAAAGCAAUUUGACAUUAAAUUCAGUGCAAGAUGCGAGCGAGAUGUGUAAGAUAUCCAAGCGAGGAGUUUAAAAGAUUCGUUUGUUGUUUUUUGAUCCUUCUUUUUCAUCACAAGUCCAUGAAACGAGAAAAUAGUGGCAAAAAUCAUAGGGUGGGUAGGGAUGGAUGGAUACAUGUGUGGUGUAAAUAGGUGUUGAGUGGAAGCCAAUUUUUGUUUCGAAUUGAUUUUUUUGGGUGGGAUGGAGGGUAGGUUGUUUGAGGGGAAAUUGGUCGGGGUUUAAUAUGGGGAAGACAGAGGGGAAGGAGGACGAGGUGGUAGAGAGACGAGAUGAGAUGAUGUUGUUGGAUUGCGAAUUGGAAUGAAUGGCUGGAUGGAUGUACGUGUUGGGAUAUGAAAGUGAGCAACAAAGAAGAUUGGUUGAUUGUAUCUUGUCAUUUACCAUUUACCAUUUGCAGUUUGCUUUUAACUCGCUCGAUUGAAGGAGGUUCAGGGAAGGGCGAUGAUGGAAUGCAAAAAAUGCAAUGCGAUGCGGGUGCAGGGCGAAGAGAGAUUAGAAAUUAAUGUGUGGAUGCGAUGCUGGUUAGAUAUGCAUGAGUAGGUCAGAGGAUGUAAUGAGAAGAAGAAGGCAAGCAAUAUCAAUGUGGAUGGGGUGAUAGAAUAAAAGAAUACGGAGUAAUGUACAGCGAUACAUUUACAUUUACAUUUACAUUUGUCAGCGAAAAAGAGAGAGAGAGAGAGAGAGCGAGAGAGAGAUAGAGCGUAAAUGCAGCGUAAUGAAUAAAUAC